AUCAGACUCACAUGGUUUAGAGCGAGGGUUCGGCAGGACAGUGUUCAGAGGAGGACAGAACAGAGGAGUGCCUUGAACACUAAAACUACACAACCCUGUUUGUGGUCUAGGUAGGUGGGCACAGGAACUAUGGAAAACAGCAAGACAGAAGAACAAAACCAGGAAAUGGAAGAGGCCAACCUAGAGAUUUUUCAGCUGCAGUCCUUGGUGGCAGAGCUGCGUACGUUGCUACAGGGGGUGUUACAGGACAUGGCCGCGCUGCAGCAGAGGGACAGCAGUCUGGAAGAGAGGGCUCAGGCACACCAGAGAGACCUGGAUGAUAGGAUCAUGGGAAUCAGGAACUCGCUCAACACGUUUAAGGAAGACCUGAGCAGUGCUCUAACCCAGAUCAAAGAGGUUAGCAGCAGACAGAAAGAGCUACAGGAUGGCCUGGAGUUCCUCCAAUCAGAGAACAGCAGAGAGAUCCGGCCCGUUCAACAGAGGUGUAUGACACACACGUAGCAUGCACAAACAUUCACACACAUACUUUCUUCACCUGAAAUGAACUCACCAUUCCCCUUGGUUUUGUCAGAAAAAGCUCCAAAGGGGACUGCCAUGGGGAGGGCCAUGAGUGUUUCUCCAACCAGACAGAGCUCAACGUCAUCCAGCAUUACUUCGCCAGCCUGCCCAGCAUCUCUCCACACAGGAGCAUAGCCUCGACCCAGACCUCUAACUCAGAGCAGGAGGCAGCCAGUGGCCUGCCCCAGAGGGGUCAGUCUAUGUCUCCAGUGUGGACAGAAUCGAAAGAGAGCCGGAACGACACGGAUGCACAGAGUGCCUCAGAAAACAAUAAGAGGCAGAUGGCUGCCCUGGAGCUGUUGGAGUCAGAGAGGGUGUAUGUGUCAUACCUGUCUCUCCUGCUGAAAGCCAACAUCACCUUCAACAGCACAGAGGACCUCCACACCAAAGACAAACGGCCAUUCCCCAGUUCUCUACGUUUCCUCAUCCAGCAACACCUGGAGCUGCUUCACACCCUGCAGGAGAGGGUGCUCAAGCGCCAGUGGCAGGGCAUCAUGGGAGAUGUAUUCAUGAGGCUCACCAGCAAAGAGAGUGAUUUCCUGGACUUCUAUGUGUCGUAUCUGAAGGAGCUGCCUGAAUGUCUGUCUGUGGUCAACAUGUUGACCACCACCUCACUAAAAGCAGCCGGCCUGUUUGAGGGUGACAUCAACGGGGACGAGACGACACACCCCUCUCUCCACACUCUGCUUCUCCAGCCAGUGCAAAGGAUCCCUGUGUACCUUCAGCUGCUGCAGACUCUGUUGAAGCAGACGGAUGCAGAGCACCCUGACUACUACCUGCUGCUGGUGUGUAUCCAGCAGGUCAGAGCCUUCACCACCCAGUACGCCCACCUACUGCAGCACAACAAAGAGCUGCUUCUGCACAACCGCAAAGAGCUCAAGAGGUCAGCUUCUGAUCCAGGCUCAGAUUUGGUGUUUUGGUCAACUAUGAAGCAGUUCUUCAAAAAUGUGGACUGUGGUAACGUUAUGCAAGCCAAUGAGAUGGGCUCCCCUUACCCCACCAGCAACGCAAUACUCCUCUCCCUCUCCCCUCACAGAGAGCAUGGCAACCAGGUGAAACGCAGCAAGCAGAGGCACCUGGAGCAGAUCCAGUCUAGACGCUUCCUGGACUGGGAGAGCGAGGCUCACCACUCCGACUCCCCCAUCCCAUUUUUCUCCCCUGACACCAACCCUCGCCUCAAACCCCCAGGCCUGCAGAGUAUCCCUGAGAUGGGGUCAUCAGAGCAGCUGCCCGGCAAACGGCUGACCCCGGGCUCAGCCCUGUCCGAUGCUCAAGGUGAGUUCCUUCGCCCUGGGGACCCUCCAGGCUUAGAGGGGCUGUAUGAGGAUGCGGACUCGUCCCUCCACAACGUGUCCCUGUUCGACCACUACUCCAGUGCUUCGUCCGACUCUAGUAUCGACAUCGCCUUUGUGCGCUGCCCUAAGAGCCAUCAGGCUGUUCGCGAGGUCUACAACAGAGGGGGCAGCCGGGGGAGCAGGUACAAGCUGCCUGGCCGGAGUUGCGUGUCGCCAGACGAGGCCCAAAUGAUGCAAGCUCACCACCACCGCCCCCUGCAGGCCGCUCAGUGUAAGAGCAAAUCCCUGAACGGGUUGCAGCUGGACAGCACUGUGAGUGGGGACAGUGGCCCCGGACAUCUGUCUGACCACUUGAGGGACCACCAACAUGCCAAGCUAGAGAGGCAGUCCAGUAAUAAAUAUCACCCACGCAGCAGCAAGGGCCAGAGCAGCAACAACAGCCCCAUCAGCCCCCCGCAGCACAAAGCAGAGCCAGAAAGACAGAGAGCAGCCACUGACAAGGAGCUGCAUAACAACAACCACAACAAGGACUCUGGGAGCCCACCCUGGGGGGAGGAGCCAAGAUGGAAGGCUGAGGCGAAUUACCACACCCCCUUCAGUGAGAGGAGCCGGAAACAGGAGAAGGGAGGCUUCCGUAGCUCCUUUAAGAAACUCUUCAAGAAAAAGUCGGGGGGAGGAGAGAAAGACAAGGACAAAGAGAAGACAGACAGCCAGAACUCUAGUGAUCACGAGGCAGGCAAGACCCCAAGAGUCGCCCACCUAGGCAUCGAACGUGGGACUGCCGUGUGAAAAGUGUGACUAGAGCCUCACCAGCAGAGAAACACAUUGCUCUGAGAAAGGCUUCAAAUAGGUGCCAGUGAAAUUCUAGGGGUAUAUAGACAGUGUACAAAGCAUUAGGAACACCUGCUCUUUCCAUGACAGACUGAGCAGGUGAAUCCAGGUGAACGCUAUUAUCCCUUAUUGAUGUCACUUGUUAAAUCCACUUCAGUGUACAUGAAAGGGAGGACAGGUUAAAAUAAGGAUUUUUAAGCCUUGAGACAUGGAUUGUGUAUGUGUGCCAUUCAGAGAGUGAAUGGGCAAGACAAAAGAUCUAAGUGCCUUUGAAUGGAGUAUGGUAGUAGGUGCCAGGCGCUGAACUGCAGCGCUGCUGGGUUUUUCACACCCAAGUUUCCCAUGUGUAUCAAGAAUGGUCCACCACCCAAAAGACAUCCACUGUGGGAAGCAUUGGAGUCAACAUGGGCCAGCAUCCCUGUGGAAUGCUUCGAGCCCAUGCCCUGACAAAUUAGGGCAAAAUGGGGCCCACCCAAUAUUAAGGUGUUCCUAAUGUUUUGUCCACUGUGUACAGUGCAAUACAAUGUAUAUAAAACAUGCUGGAAGACCGACAGACAUUGACCUACUGUAAAAAUGCUGUAUAGGUUUCUUCAUUUUUAAGUUAGUAGUUUCCCAUUUGAGAUCACUUCAAUAUCCAUGGAGAAAAUAUAUUUUGCAUACAGUAUACUCAUUAACAUUAAAAAAUGUGCCAUCAAGAAAAUCUCUAUCCCCAAAUCAAAAUAGAAUCUAAAUUGUGACAAGACUUAAAUGAAACAAUAAGUCUGUUGUAAUCAAUAUUUGUUAUACCUCAUCAUAACCAAAGAAUGUCUGAAAACGAUCACACAAAUUAGUUCUUCCCUUGGAAAAAUGGGCAACUUAUCUACAAAGCUAGAAAACUAGACAAUGUGAAACUUAUUCAACAUUUAUUUUGCAUUUCAAUCAAUAUUUCUCUACGACAAACAGACACACAAGCUUCAGUUCCUUCUUUUAAUGUGUUAACUUGUUUCAUAAAUCUGUUACACAAAUUAUACAGUAUGUAAAACCAACAGAUUUUAUUUUACACUAUAUACAUAUAAUGUGCAUUGCAAUAUGAAAAUGGUAAUGCGCCAGAAAGGAAGUUAGUUUGUCCAUAAUCAUUACACAUUCCUACUGUGUAAAUUAAAACCAACAUGAAUCUUG